AUGAAGCACAUGAAUGAAAGUUUUCCAGAGGAUUUCAUUCUCAUGGGCUUUACCAAAUAUCCAUGGUUGGAUGUUCCUCUCUUCUUUGCCCUCCUAACCUCCUACAUGUUCACACUUUUGGGAAACAUUGCUAUUAUUCUGGUUUCUCAACUAGAUUCCCAACUCCAAAGUCCUAUGUAUUUCUUCCUCACAAGCCUCUCCUUUCUGGACCUCUGUUUCACCACCACGACUGUGCCCCAAAUGCUCUUCAACUUGGGCGGACCCAACAAGAACAUCACUUAUAUAGGCUGCAUGACCCAGGCCUAUGUAUUUCACUGGCUAGGCUGUACUGAAUGUGUCUUGCUUGGCACCAUGGCCUUAGACCGCUAUGUGGCUGUGUGUAAGCCUCUGAGAUACCCUGUAAUCAUGAACCACAAACUGUGCUGGCAGCUCUCCAGCACUGCUUGGCUCAUUGGUCUGGCCAAUUCACUACUGCAGUCCACACUGACAGUCCAGCUGCCCCUGUGUGGGAACCAAGAACUGGACCACUUCUUUUGUGAACUGCCUGGUCUAAUUAAGAUGGCUUGUGUGGACACCACAGUCAACGAGCUUACUUUAGCAGUGGUGGCCACCUUCCUGAUAAUGGGUCCCCUCUCUAUGAUUCUUGUCUCUUACAGUUAUAUUGCACAAGCUGUAUUUCGAAUCCCUUCUGCUGAUGGGAGACUUAAGGCCUUCAACACUUGUUCUUCGCACUUACUAGUGGUGUCUUUGUUUUAUGGCCCUGGCAUCUACAUCUAUAUGCAGCCUUCAGGGGACAGCCCUCAAGACCUUAUCAAAGUUCUGACGCUGUUUUACUGUGUUAUUACUCCCAUGGCCAACCCAUUCAUCUACACCUUGAGGAACAAGGAUGUUAAAGGAGCUUUGAGGAGACUUCUGACGCGGGCCAUUUUGUCCAAGAGAAUAUGA